AUGGACCACCUCCGUGAUUCACUGCUGAGUUCUCUGCCUAGAGAUACCCCUUCUACCGCGAUGGCCGACUACGCUCGCCGAGAUCAGGAAGGCACACGCCAGUCUGUCGCUAGGGGUGAAUUCAAAGAGGUUCGCGAGAUGGCCUUCGACAAUCGCACCUGGGUCGUGACCAGCCGAUACUGCGAUAUUGGAGCUGGCGUCGACUCACUUGAAGUCCACAUUCAUUCCCUGUGGCAUAUGUACUACGAGCUUGGCCGAAGCAUCUCCUCCGAGUCGCCUGAACAUGAGGGAAUAGUUCUUGAUAUCCUCCGCAUUCAAGGAAUGGGGCCGUUGACCAGACCUACACGAGGAAACCAUGGCAUUGACAUCGCGAGAACCGUCGAUGGUACACUGUGGACCGAUCUCCCCUUCUUGGUCGGCGACAUGACCGACUUCUGGGUCAAGCACGGUGCUUCUAUGUCGGGAACACACCGUCUCAACUUUGCUACAUUCCUGGCUAAACUUGCAUCUACUCGUGUCGCGAAGGAUCGGCUGUGUCAGGUCGCUCUUUUGAUCUUCCGUGCGCUCUUUGAAACUCCACGAGUCCUUCGUUCUGGGGAAGAGUCUGACGAGGAAGACCUCAACCGAGGUACCAAGCAGCUUGAGGUCUUUCAUCUGUUGCCAGCCGCUAUUGCCUGGCUGAAGCUAGCCAGUAACAACCUCCUUUUGCUAUCCGACGUGUAUUGGAACGACUGUCCUAGCCAUCUGAGCAAGGGUGGUGAGGAUUUCCUUGAAUCGGAGCUCGGACAGCGAUCACCUGCUGGGUUCUCGCCAUGGCGAUAUAUGUUCUGGCUGAAGCGACUUCAUGAAAUUCAAGACCAGGCCAAGGAAGCCAAUGAGAAAGCCCUGGAAGAGCUUGCCGAUAAUGGAAUCCAGUACAUGGUCAACACAAUCAAGCAAAAGAACUCGGAGGUUCUCAGGGCUUACAAGAAUGGUGGCGAUUUCUUGCAUCAGGACAAACAUCUUUCAUGCCUGAAGCCCCUUGCACUCGUUGAAGAGCCAGAGUCGUAA